UUGGGGAGCCCCCGCGUGCGCUUACUUCACUCGCUCUUCUGUUUUGUUCUGGUUUUCUAUUUUCUCCUCUGAUCUCCUUCUCGCCUGAACUUGCGACAAAUUACUUACAUUUUCUAGAAUGGUAUUAUGCCUCGGUUUGGAUCAGUAGCUAACAGAAUCCAGAUUAGAUCUUUCUCUAAAUCAAUUACAAAACACCCACUAGUUCCUCCAUCUUCGUCUUCAAUUCCUUCAGACAAGUUCGCUUUUUUCGUGGACAAUUGCUCAGACGCUUUCUCACUUAGAAAACUCCAUGCUCGUAUUCUUGCUCUGGGCCUCGGCAACCAUAUCUUUCUGGGCUCUAAACUUCUGAAUUGCUAUGCAAAGUUGGAACUUGUGUCAGAAUCUAGAUGGGUUUUCGAUGCAAUUGUCAAUGGAAGUCUCUCUCUUUGGAACUCAAUCCUCGUUGGGUAUUACAGAACUGGUCACUUCCGUGAAGUUGUGAGGCGGUACAUUCAUUUGAGGCAGUGGAACAUUGGGUUGGAUAGUGCAGCCAUUACGUUUGGUUGUAAGAGCUGUAUUGAGUUGAGUAAUUUGGAAUUGGGUAGAGGAAUCCAUGCAGAUGCAUUCAAGUUUGGGUUGAAUGCAAAUGGGUUUGUGGGUUCGUCGCUUAUUGGGUUGUACUGUGGGUGUGGGGAUAUUGGGGAUGCGUAUAAGGUGUUUGAUGAAAUUACUGACCCAGAUGUUGUUGUGUACACUUCGAUUAUUACAGGGUAUGCUCACAUUGGUGAUUUUCGGGCUUAUGAGGCUUUCGAGAUUGCUGGCCGAAUGCAAAGGCAAGGUUUGCAUCCUAAUAGGGUCACCCUGGUGAGCUUACUUCAGGCAGCCUCACAGUUAGACGCACUCAAAGAAGGUCGUUCGGUCCAUGGCUACGCUAUUAGAAGAGGAAUUGGUGGUUUUGAUGAGGUGUUUGAAACAAGUCUCAUGGACAUGUAUAACAAGUGUGGGGCACCUAAAAUGGCAGCCUGCAUUUUUGGCAAGAUGAAGAAAAAGACAAUUGGUUUAUGGAAUGUGAUGAUUGCAGGUUAUCUUAAAUCCGAGCAGCCCUUGGAAGCUUUCCGCCUUUUCUGUCAAGUGAUGCAAGAAAAAUAUGUUCCGGAUUUGAUAACUUUCUCCAACGGGAUUUUGUCUUGUGCUCACUUGAGUUAUUUGCGUCAGGGAAAGAGUAUCCAUGGUCACCUAAUUCGAGUUGGUGUUGAACUUGAUCUAGUAGCAACCACUUCUCUGGUCGAUUUGUACUCCAAAUGCCACAAGUUGAUCCAAGCCAGGGCAUUAUUUGAUCGAAUGGAGAAAAAGGAUGCUAUCUUGUACGAUGUGAUGAUGGCUGGUUAUCUGCACAAUUAUUUUGCUAGUGAAGCUAUGGAUAUCUUUCUGGAAAUGGUUGAAGGGGGAGUUAAACUAAACCUAGGUUCCAUUUUGAGUGUACUUUCUGCAACUUCGGAAUUGAAAGACAUAAGAAAAGGCAAGUGCAUUCAUGGGUAUGUAAUAAGACAUGGAUUUGAUUUGAAUGUUGAAAUUGCCAAUCAGACAAUCUACAUGUACUCAAAAUGUGGUCAUAUAGUCUGUGCGAGGCAAAUCUUCAACAAGAUAAUAUAUAGAGACUUGGUCUCAUGGACUUCAAUGAUGAUGGGUUAUGUUCAUCAUGGGCAUGCUGAUGAAGCUAUAUUCUUGUUCCGAUUAAUGCAAAGGGAGCAGGUGGAAGAUGAUACAGUCGCGCUGUUAACCUUGCUUCAGGCACUUUGUCAGCUUGGGUGUCUGAAUCUAGUGAAGGAAGUCCACUGUCACUUGUAUAGAGUUAAUACAGACAAUGAGAUAUCUCUCACCAAUUCUUUGAUUACUGCUUAUUCUAAGUGUGGAAAGUUAAACAUGGCUGCAAAUCUUUUUGAUCAUGCAGUUAAACGGUGUCCUACUUCAUGGAAUGCAAUGAUACUUGCAUAUGGGAUGCAUGGAAAAUGUAUGGAGGCCCUCAUGGUAUUUGAACAGAUGAAAAGUGAGAAAGUUGAGCCUGAUGAGGUUACCUUUACAUCAAUUCUUACUGCUUGUAGCCAUUCUGGCAUGGUAAAUGAGGGGCUGCGAGUCUUCAAGUCCAUGGUUGAGGAUUUCUCUAUAAUCCCAUGUGAAGAGCAUUAUGGUUGCAUGGUAGAUUUAUUAAGCCGAGCAGGACUGCUUGAAGAAGCAUAUAAACUGGUUAAAUCCCUACCAUCAAGGCUUCGUGGUUCUACACUUGGCACCUUGCUUGCAGCUUGUAAGUUACAUGGAAAUACAGAGAUGGGGGAGGAUUUAGGAAGGCGUCUCUUGGAUUUAGAACCCAAGAAUUCUAGUGCUUUUGCCAUGGUUUCAAGUUUAUAUGCAGAAGGUGGAAAGUGGGGUGAAGUAGUCAGAAUAAGAGCCACAGAAAAAGGGAGAGGUUUAAAAAGAACUCCAGGGUAUAGUCUGAUACAGGUAGAUUAACGUAGAAAGUGGGUGAAGUAGUCAGAAUAAGAGCCACAGAAAAGAGAGAGGUUUAAGAAGAACUCCAGGGUAUAGUCUGAUACAGAUGGACUACAUAUAUACUUCACAUAUAUUUUGGGUGGAAGACAAUCUGGUUGCAACAGGUGAAGUCCUCUCAGAUUCCCUUACCUAUUUCCAGGCAAAAGGUAUAUAGAAUCUGAUAAGGCACAAGCAUCUGAAAGACCUUCAAAUUUAGAACAACUCUUGCCAGAGAAGUGAAUGGAAUUUGCCUGAGCAGGGCCUGUGUAGUAUGAUGGAAUGAACUCUCCGGUAACAAAUCUGAUUGCGGUGAAGGCCACAAAUAUAUUCAACGUAUGUGCGGUAACACAACUUAUCCAAAUGGUCACAAAUUCGGCAGUGAGUUCAAGUUACAAUGCCGAAUGAUGCCGAUAACCGCCAGGAUUUAUUGGUUCUCACUAUAAAUAAUAUAUCACAAGGUGUUUAACUAGAUGUUAGUAUUUGAUAAUAGUCCCCACUCUAUGUUACGAGUACCAUGUACGUAUAAGUAAGCACCUCUACGUAUGAACAUAUUCCAAGAUCUCCAAGAUCCAGAAACUGAUUGUGAUUUGUGGACAGUUGGUCAUUGAAGGACUUCCUAGUAGCCUUGAAGAGAUGGUGAAGAAAUGCUCGCUAGAAUCUACUCAAACUACUUGAGAUAUCAAGCACCAUGCAUGGGACGCUGUUCGUAGUAUGUUUGAAAUAUCUGCGGAUACGCCAAUAUAUCCCUUUUUGAAUGAAGGAUAUGUCAUAUAUAGGGAAAAUGUUGUAGUAAAUGUAUAAAUGUCUACAUCAUGGAGUAUGUUUGGUAAGCACUUGAGAAGUGGAGAAGUUUGGUAACAAAUAUGAUAUUGUUUGUAGGGUAAUUCACACUACUUUGUAUCCCUAUAUAAACUCUCCAUUGUGAGAAGAAUAAAUCAACC